AUGGAACUUGUGGGAAGAGCGAUCGAGAACUCGCAGGACUAUCUGGCUCAGCUCAAGAGCGAGAUGAGUGCACUCAUUGCGUAUAUCAUGCACUGUAAUGCAACGAGGAACAAAGUUGUUUACAAGAUGAUUGUGGGGAGUAUGGUCGAAAGACCCGAUGAAUCGCUGGGCCUGAUCAAGUACACGGAGACUACCGCGGAUGGCUCUGAAAUCUACUGGGUAGAGGUUGGCCGCUAUCCCAAUCCAAAGCAGCGCUUGAGGACGGGUGAGCGGACCGCAUGUAGAAGCGGUCUGUUCGUUCUGGACACGAAAUCGCACCGAUGGCUGGGACACUAUAACAGACUGCGCGCAUUACGAGGCAUGCAUCGAGCACAGUAUCAGUCGUAUCUUGACCAAGACCGAGGCGAAGGUAGAAUGGAACCUGCUGACAAGGACGUGUCCAAACUAUUAGUAUCUGAUUCGGACGAAAGCUCUAGCGACGACGAGUCAGCAACGACAACGCGUCGCAAGAUCGCUGAAAAAGGUAUCAAUCAGGAAACGCAGUACUCAUCCGUUGAAUCGUUAUACAACGAAUGGAUGAACGUAGACAAAUGGACUGAAUAUCGCAGUAAUAUGGUUCUGUUUGGCGGUCGUUGGUACCGCGACGACAGUAAUGACCACGGCUGGAAUACGGGCGAAAUUGCAGCUUAA